GAUUCCCAUUCCGGACGGAGCUAGGCCCGAAAAGCGGAAAAGCGGCGGAAUGCCGUGCCAGGACAUCAAUGUCGGUGGCUCUGGCGUGCUAUUUGAAUUGAACAAGUGUCAGCGUCGAGGGGAAACAGCGUCGAAGCUGACGCUCCAUGGUGCUCCAAUAAAACUACCGAUGCCCCUCCACCCCCCCGCCAUCGUUUCUCAGACGUUGUUGUACAGGUUUUGCAUGUCCUGCCAGUCCGACGCUCUCAAAACUCAAAAUAUUAACACUUUAACGCCAAGUUUUUUAUCUGGCUGCCGGAAACAGACAGCACAAACGCACACAAACAUAGCUGCUGAAACACAAAUACUAUGCAGCUCUUUUGGCCGCGACGGCGGCGUCGGCAAAACGCCAUGUUGGAUUAUUCAACUCGACGCCAUUUCGCGUCACAAUGCGCGCUAUGCGCCGCCAUCAUUGCAACCGACAGCGAACGGCACACGGCAGUGGCAACAACUAAAACGGGACCUGCUGCAGCAACAACAACAAGAACGGCAACUGGAACAGCAGGACUACGGACUAAGGACCACGGCGGCCCACACGGCGGAUGAAGUUGCAAUUCAAAGUCAUAAACACGUGGAGCGUGGGCGCAAAGUCUCAGCUAAGCCGGCAUAGAGAGAGAGUGCUGGGAAAUGGGAGCGCGAAAGCGUCGGAAAAGCCGGGGAAAAGCGGGAAAAUCCGCGAUGCCGGUGGUGAGGCAAACGGUAGCGGUAGCGGUAGCUCCACUUCCUGCCCCGAGAUUCCUAGUUCGCAGUUGCCUUCCACCAUUCGUUUUUAUUUCCAAACCAUUUUGUUGUCUAUGCAACAUGACAGACAGAGGGUACCAAAGGAGUAUUAAUUCCACUCCAUUUGGCCGCAAAACUGCUAUUGGGUAU